AGAGGAGAAAUUAAUAACUUCUGCCAACAAGAUAAUGAAUCUCUCCAUGAGGCUUGGGAGAGGUUUAAAGAUCUGAUCAGAAAGUGCCCUCACCAUGGUAUAGAGAAGUGGAUGCUGGUCCACAACUUCUACAAUGGGUUGGUAGGAAAUACAAGAACUUUAAUAGAUGCUGCAGCUGGAGGAGCCUUUAUGAGGAAGAGUGCUAAUGAGGCUUAUGAUCUAUUGGAGGAGAUGGCUCUAAACAAUCAACAGUGGCCAACUGAGAGGAGUCAAUCAAAGAAGGUAGCUGGUGUGUUAGAGGUCGAUGCCAUCACCAAGUUGACAGCACAGGUUGAGGCAUUGACAAAGAUAAUUGCAGGGCAAGCUAAACAAGCCCAAGUUGUGUGUGAGUUAUGUGGGGGAAGCCAUCACUUUUCAGAAUGCCAAGCUGAUGUGGAUGAUUUGCCAAUGGAUGAAGCUAAAGCCAUUGGAAACUAUUCACAGAACAACAACAACAACUAUGGGUUCAACCAGGGUAAUAACCGAAGAAACAGUGGGUUCUAUCAGCAACGAAAUCAGAACCAGAAUCAGAAUCAACAGUUUAAUCAGCAACAAACCUCUGGUGGAAAUUCUGGUUUGCAGACAGAUUUAUUGCUACAAUUCAUGACUGAAACUAGAUCUUCCAUUAAAGACCUGCAGACUCAGAUGGGCCAAUUAGCAACUCAGGUAGCAACCCGUCCUCAAGGAAAUUUGCCUAGUACAACUGAAAUUAAUCCUAAGGAAAACUGCAAUUCAAUUACCCUGAGGAGCGGUAAGAAGUAUGAUGGGCCUGAAUUGACACAACCAAUUGAUGUAAAUAAGGAGAUUAAAGUUCAACCAGUGCCAACCCCAACACCAACAGUAGAGAAGGCUACUGAUAGCUCAACACAACCACAACAGUCCCCACCAAUCAGUAUUGAGCAUCAUGAAAAGAUACCUUAUCCUCAGAGACUCCAUAAGACCAAUCUAGACAAGCAGUUCACAAAAUUUCUAGAGGUCUUCAAAAGACUACACAUCAACAUUCCUUUUGCUGAAGCCUUGGAACAAAUGCCCCGUUAUGUGAAGUUCAUGAAGGAGAUAUUGUCUAAGAAGAGAAAAUUGGAGGACUAUGAAACAGUGGCAUUAACUGAGGAGUGUAGCGCCAUUUUGCAAAAGAAACUACCGCCCAAGCUUAAAGAUCCGGGUAGUUUCAAUAUUCCAUGCUCUAUAGGGGGUUCGGUGGAAACCAAAGCUCUGUGUGAUUUGGGAGCAAGCAUUAAUCUAAUGCCAUUGUCUGUCUUCAAAAGGCUAGGAUUGGGAAAAGCAAAGCCUACAACAGUUACUUUACAACUGGCAGAUCGUUCUUUGACUCAUCCUCGUGGGAUAAUUGAAGAUGUACUGGUGAAGGUUGGUAAGUUUAUCUUCCCUGCUGAUUUCCUAAUUCUUGAUAUGGAAGAAGAUUCAACUAUUCCCAUUAUUUUGGGAAGACCAUUCUUAGCCACGGGCCGAGCAGUAAUAGAUGUUCAAAAGGGAGAGUUAAAGUUGAGAGUGCAAGAUGAAGAGGUCAAUUUUAAUGUUUUUGCCCCAACUGACAUUCCUACCUGUUGCAAGAUUCGGGUUCUUUUGUUAAAGCUGAUAAGAAGAAAGCAAAGCCUAAAGAGCGACUUCGAACGAUUCAGCGUCGUUGGAAAAGAUUGAUGUGUGGUAGUUCUGAAGGUGAGCUUACUCUUGUGCAAAAAUCUGAAAUCAACACUAUUGGUGGUCAAUUUUCUUCAUUUAGUACGAGGGCUCUUUUGGAUGAAAAGGGUCCACCCAACCCUUUUUGAGAGGGUCUCAGGUAAGUCUCUUUACUCUGCAUAUUCCUGUAUACAUUGGGGACAAUGUCAUAUUUAGUUUGGGGGGAGAGGCUUAAAUUUUUUUUUUUAAAUUCUGCACUUUAAUUUCUGUAUUUUAAUUUUAUGUUUUAGUUUUUUUGUUUUAGUCAAGGAAUGGCAAUAAGCUUGAUGAUAGUUGUAUACUGCUGAUUAGUGUGAUGUGAUCUGAAUCUGUAAAAUAACUGUGUGCUUGAUUUUGUUAACUCUUUGGAUUAGUUUGGAUGCUUAGAAACCUGUGUUUUUCUACAAGUACUCAAUUUGUGAAAAUUGUUAUAACUGUUUUACUAUGGUUUGUGGUAAGAUGGACAGGAUAGCUUAGAACUUGCAUGUUUAUUCUUUUGAGGCGAAAUCCUUGAUAGUGUUCAAUUGGAAUAUGACUUAGACAUUUGUUGGAUAGUUUGAGCCUUUCAAGCCUACCAUAAUGUAUAUCCCUAGUUACCCUUUUGAGCCUUAACCUGUUGUGUUUUCACCCACUGAUUUGAAAUUUUGCAACCACACUAUUAAUUUUUAUUCUCACCAUGAUUAUCCAUGAUAUCAUAAGCUAUAUGAUUAGUUUGGGGGAAAAGAAACAUUUAGUGUGACGAAAUAGUGAGAGGGAGAAAAAAUUUGUAAGAUUUAGAAGAGAAGAAAAAGAAGAAAAAAAAAAGAAAAAAAAUUGUGUAAUUCAAUGUCAUUGAAAAAAAAAGAGCACUGAAAAAAAAAAUAA